AAACCAAAUCUGAGUGCUCAAUCGAUAUGACAUGAUGAUGUUGAACAGCCGGCCAGCGUGUGACUCACUCAGAGCCCCCUCCCGCUAACGGCCAGACAUGUCAGACCCUGGAGUGGACUGACAGAAAAACGUAUAAAAUACCUCCGCUCACUUACUUAGUUCGUCUUUCCACCCAGUGCCGAGCGUUUCUGGCGCUGUUUUAACUCUGCACACCCGAGUUCAAGUGUUAGAAGCGAAACUGCUCUGGCUUGAAUAUUGACGGGAACGAAUUGGAGGGACAACAGGAAUUCCGCUAACAGACAGAAUGGCAACCACCUGUGGAUUGAGAACUCUGAAGAAUGAGCCAGUACCCCUGAAGUCUGUGUCAGUGGAGGUGGGCGUCCAGGGUCACGUAGCAUCGGUCAACUCCACCCUUCAGUAUGAGAACCAGGAGUCCAAUCCCGUGGAGGCCAUCUUCAUCUUCCCCAUGGACAGCAAUGCUGCCGUUUACCGGUUCCUGGCCCGUAUCGGGGACGUCGAGAUUGAGGCCCAAGUCAGAGAGAAGGAGAAGGCAAAGGAAGAGUAUGACGAUGCCAUAAGCUCUGGGCAGGAGGCCUUCCUGCUGGAGGAGAGCGACGAGAGCUCUGACGUGUUUCGACUGAGUGUGGGGAGUCUUCCUCCUGGACAGACUGCCUCUGUUACCGUGGGAUAUGUCAGUGAACUGGCUGUACAGGCUGACCACGCCCUGAGGUUCUGUUUGCCUGCUGUGCUCAAUCCUCGCUACACCCCUGCAGGCAGUAAGAGCUUAACGGCAGAAGUGCCGGGUGCCCAGGCUGGUGAUGUGCCGUAUACUCUGUCCCUCACCAUGGACAUCUACUCUCCCAGUUCCAUCCAGAGUGUGGAGUCUAACUGCCCCCUCACCCCACUGGAGUUUUUCUCUCAGGACAAAACUCAGGCCAAAGUGAGUCUGAGCCCAGGUCAUCAGUUUGAUCGUGAUGUUGAGCUCCUGCUCUACUACAGUGAGCCUCACCAGCCCAUGGCCAUAUUGGAGGCAGGUCAGCCGGGUGUUCAGUCAGGUUCAUUAAUGGGUGAUGCUGUAGCCAUGCUGAGUUUCUACCCAGAGAUCAAGACUGAAAAAUCAUCUCAUAUGACAUCCAGUAGGGAGUUUAUAUUCUUGGUGGAUCGUUCACGAAGCAUGAACAGGCCACUGAGGCAAAGCAGUGGGAAGCAGAGCUGCAUGAAGAUCACCAGGGACACUCUACUGUUGUUGCUGAAGAGUCUUCCUUUGGGCUGUUAUUUCAACAUCUAUGAAUUUGGGUCACAUUAUGAGUCUUUCUUCCUUGAAAGUGUGGAAUACACUCAAACGACCAUGCAAACUGCCUUAAAGAAGGUAAAGUCAAUGAAGGCUGAUAUGGGAGGAACAGAAAUCCUGCCACCCCUCCAGAACAUCUACAGCAAGCCCUGCCUUCCCUCACAUCCACGACAGCUGUUUGUGUUUACAGAUGGAUUAGUAGGAAAUACCAAAGAGAUUAUUGAUCUAGUUCAGAGACAUGCUCACUCUCACAGGUGCUUCACCUUUGGCAUUGGGGAGGGGGCCCACUUUGCACUUGUGAAUAGCAUGGCUGAGGGAGGCUCUGGACACCCACAGUUCAUCACUGGAUCAGAGAGAAUGCAGCCCAAGGUUAUGCAGUCCCUUCAAUUUGCCUUGCAACCUGUGGGAAGAGACAUUGCAAUAAAGUGGAAUAUUCCAGCUGGGAUAACUGUCAACCCUGUUUCACCUCCUGUUAACAUGCUCUUCAACCUUCAGAGAGUCAUACAAUACUUCCAGCUAACAGAUCAGAAUGCUAGUAAUAUCUCAGGCUCAGUGAGUCUCCAUUACACUGUGGAAGAUAAAGCUUUGGAGAACAAACUCAGCUUUAGUAUGAAGCCUAAGACUGAUGGCAGCAUGCUGCUGCACAGACUGGGGGCCCGAAAAGCCAUUGUGGACCUGGAAGGGAAGGUGAGAGCGGGAGAUGACAAGAGUGCGAGAGAGAGAGCAGUAGAGCUGAGCAUCCAGUCAGGAGUGAGCUCCUCCUACACUGCGUUCAUUGGAGUCAACAAGGAGAAUAAGGAGCCGGUCCAGGGGCCCCUACAGCGCAGAAACAUACCUGUUGGUGGGUCUCAUAUGUGCAACAGAGUCAUGCCUCUACCCGUGUUAUGCAUACUAUGGUGCAUUUCAAUGUGCGAAUGCAGAGGAAAACAAGAAGAAACUCCAUGGUCCGAACCUGAAAACCUGGAUGCAGCUGCUUAUUUGCCCACAAAUGCAGUCCAGGAUACAGAGGAAGAACCUGAGGAUCCUAUGAUGGAGGUGAUUGGUCUGCAGAGGGCUGAUGGGUCCUGGGAUCUCCAAAAAUCUCUAGCUUCAAUCUUAGGGAAACGGGAAGAAGAUAUGGCCAAAGCCUCACCUGGAAAGUCUGAGUUUUCUUCAGUCUGGGCCACAGUUUUGGCAGUUCUAUGGCUACAUGGACAUAAGGCUGAAUUCAGGGAUGAGUGGCAGUUUGUGGCUACGAAAGCAAUGACCUGGGUCAGAGCUCAAUCAGGAUUUGAUUUGACAAAGUUUGUGGCAGCUGGGAAUGCUUUCCUGGGUCUUCAGCUGAACCUGUGGAACCUUGAUCUGCAAGAGUGAUCACCUCCUUUUUCCACCAAUUUCCAUUAACUGCUUGUCUUGAUCAAGGUUGCGGGGGUCCAGAGCCUAUCCCAGAAUCAUUAGGCCCAAGGCAGAAGGGGUGUACACCUUGGAUGGGACACCAGUUCAUCACAGGCUAGCCGCACAUUCUCACCCGUUGCAGGCAAUUUACUGUCAUCAGUCGACUGUGAACUGCAUAUCUUUUGACUGUGGGAGGAAACCGGAGCACCCAAAGGAAACUCAUGCAGAGGCGGAGAAAAAAUACAAACUCCACACAGACUGAACUAGAUUCAAAACCAAUGCCCAAACAUCUCAGGUGCUUUUAGGUGACGGCACUACUCACUGCAGUGCCGUGCUGCUCCAGUCUUUACUUCCUCUCAUUAUUAAUCUCCAGCUUCUGAAAAAGAAUAACUAACAUGUCCAUGUAUUGAAAUACCCAUUUAUC